AUGCCCAAGCGCCACGACGAAGAGCCAGUGAAGGAUGAGUACCCCAAGGGCGUCGUGCCCUGUAUCGUGUCGCCGGACUGCGCCGGCCACAUGGAGUGGAUGAAGCGGGCGCUGGGCGCGGAGGCGGACGGGGAGGUCCACUACAUGCCCGACGACUUCGCCGGCGCGCCCGGCGGGAACAACGGCAAGAAGCCCGUGAUGCACGCGCCGAUGCGCCUCAACGGGGGGCCCAUCUACAUGAGCGACAACGUGGACAUGGAGAAGAAGGCGGCCGUCGUGGAGGAGGGGCUGGGUCGGGGAUACGUCAUGCACCUCAACGUGCCCGACGCGCAGGCGAUGUGGGACAAGGCCCUGGCGGAGGGCGCCAGCGCCGUGGUGCCCCUGAAGCAGCAGUACUGGGGCGACCUGUACGGCGUCUUCAAGGACCCGUUCGGCUACCAGUGGUCCGUCUGCCCCGCAGUGGACACCUCCAACGCGGCCAAGAAGCAGAAGGCCGACGGCGCCGAUGCCUGA